AUGCAGCUCAGACCCAUGGAGAUUAACCCCGAGAUGCUGAACAAAGUGCUGGCACGGCGGGGGGUCGCCGAGCAGUGGCGCUUCGUGGACGUGCUGGGGCUGGAGGAGGACGCGCUGAGCUCGGGGCCAGCACCUGCCUGCGUGCUGCUGCUGCUAUUUCCACUCGCCGCCCAGCAUGAGGACUUCGGAGAAAAACAGAUUGAAGAACUGAAGGGACACGAAGCCAUCCCUAACGUGUACUUCAUGAAGCAGACCAUUGGGAAUUCCUGUGGUACCAUUGGACUUAUACACGCGGUGGCCAAUAAUCAAGACAAACUGGAAUUUGAGGAUGGGUCAGUCCUGAGACAGUUUCUUUCUGAAACGGAGUUGUCCCCUGAAGACAGAGCAAAAUGCUUUGAAAAGAAUGAGGCCAUUCAGGCAGCCCAUGACGCUGUGGCGCAGGAAGGCCAGUGUCGGGUAGAUGACAAAGUGAACUUUCACUUUAUUCUGUUUAACAACGUGGAUGGCCACCUCUAUGAACUUGAUGGGCGAAUGCCUCUUCCGGUGAACCACGGCUCCAGUGCAGACGACUCGCUGCUGCAGGGCGCUGCCGAGGUCUGCAGAGAGUCCACCGAGCGUGAGCAAGGGGAGGUGCGCUGUUCUGCCGUGGCUCUGCGCAAGGCCGCCUAA